UAGUGGUCGAGAUUAACCUGGUUUAGAUCGAGGUCUUCAAAAUGCCGUCUUUUUAACACGCAAUUUCAAUCUCAGCUCAAUUAGAUUCGCGAAACAUUUUUUCAGCUCAAAUGCAAGUUCGUUUGCUUGUUUGCGAAUUACUGCGGAGUAUUAUAUUAUCGCGAGGUUUUCUAUUUCAUCUGCCGUAGGUUUUGAUGUUCUGAGCUCUGUAUAGAGCUUCAGAUUAUGAGUAUACAUAUUUCUUCUCCUUAAAAAGGAUGCCCGGAAUACCAUUGACGCCCCGCGGAGCUUCUCACUCAGGGGCUGCUGAUCAGAUGUGCCGUCACGACUCCCACGGGCACUUGUCUGCAGAGGAGGAAAUCGCAGCUGAAGAAAGUCUUACGAUAUACUGUAAACCUGUUGAACUGUACAACAUUCUUCAACGUCGAGCUGCUAAAAAUCCGUCUUUCCUACAAAGAUGUUUGCGGUACAAACUCCAAGCAAAACAUAGAAAAAGGUAACACUAUGUAUCAUUUUAGAUGGUAAUAUUGCCGUUGUUUUGGAACUUAUUAUAAAUCCAUCUAUGGGAAUCAGAAUCAUUUCGGUAAGGUUAGAUGGUUUGAACCUUCAUAAGUGUAAAACUAGUACAUAGUAUAUCAUAGAAAAAGGAUACAAAUGACAAUUUCUCUUCCCGCAACUUUAAAUAGCGGUUCACAGAUUCAAAGUAUGUUUCCUUUGUGUAUAUUGUUGGCUAGGCAAGUUCCAAUUCCUGUAGCUUCUGAGUACUCUGCCGUCUAUUGCUUUAAGCGCGCAUGCAUGUUAACCUCUUGCUCCGGAGUUGACAAGAUGAAUCAGGCAUAUGCAAAAUUUGUACUCCCUGAAUUGAAUAAGCUAUCCGUAGAGAUUGAGGCGGCCUCUCUUGUAAUUCUUUUUAUUAGCUGUGCUGAGAUAGCCAAGGACCAUAUGGAUAUGUCAUAUUUUCCUUCCAAUGUUGAAGGGCACUGCUUAUUGAGUAGGAUGUCUAUGGAACUGCCUUAUCUAUCUUUGGAAAAGUCUUCAAACUUGGGUCUUGGAGAAAGAGCGGAGAUGUUUUCAACUGUUGACUUGUGCCCCUGUUUCAUGAAGUUAAGCUAUUUGGACAAACAUGGGUGUGUCUCUUUUCAGUUUCCUAAAUCACUUGGAGCUGCGGAUACAACACAUGAGAUUAAAGUUAGUGUUGCUGCAGAAGAAGUUGGCGCACAGGAGAGAACACCAUAUGAUUCAUACUCCUAUAGUGAAGUUCCUAACUCAUCCUUGCAUCAUGUUAUGAGGCUUAGGACUGGAAAUGUUGUUUUCAACUAUAGGUACUAUAACAAUAAGUGCAUGCGAACGGAAGUGACAGAAGACUUCGCAUGUCCUUUCUGCUUGGUAAAAUGUGCAAGCUAUAAGGGCCUGAGAUAUCACUUAUCAUCUUGUCAUGAUCUAUUCAAUUUUGAAUUUUGGGUUACUGAAGAAUAUCAAGCUGUAAAUGUGUCUGUUAAAACUGAUGUAUGGAGAUCUGAGAUCAUUGCUAAUGGUGUCGAUCCUAAGCAGCAAACAUUUUUCUAUUGUUCAAAGCCCUUAAGACGCAGAAAAUCACAAAAUGUUCAGAAUGGAAAGCAUGUACAUCCACUGGCCUUUGAUUCAGAAUCUCCCCCAGCAAUCAAUGGUCAUCAGACCACGAAGGAUGGAAUGAACAAUUUAGAUACCGUCAUUUGUGAUGCAUCAAGUCCCAAUGCUACUGGUGUAUCAUUAGCUACAGAACAUCAAAAUCCAGAUCCAGACUGUUCACAAUCCUUGCCUAUAAGCAGUUUAGCACCACCUGCAAUGCUUCAGUUCGCAAAGACCAGGAAGUUAUCAGUGGAGCGUUCUGAUCCAAGAAAUCGCACACUUCUACAAAAGAGACAAUUCUUUCACUCACACCGAGCCCAGCCUAUGGAAAUGGAACAAGUUUUAUCAGAUCAGGAUAGUGAGGAUGAAGUUGAUGAUGAUGUUGCAGAUCUUGAAGACCGGCGGAUGCUUGAUGACUUCGUUGAUGUUACCAAAGACGAGAAGCAAAUGAUGCAUCUCUGGAAUUCAUUUGUGAGAAAGCAAAGGGUGCUUGCAGAUGGGCAUAUUCCAUGGGCAUGUGAGGCCUUCUCAAAGCUACAUGGUCAAGAUUUUUUUCGGACUCCUGCACUGCUGUGGUGCUGGAGAUUAUUCAUGAUAAAACUAUGGAAUCAUGGUCUUCUUGAUGCUCGUGCCAUGAACAACUGUAACAUGAUUCUUGAACAAUUUCAAAACCAAGAGGGUGACAAACCAAUAACCUAACCAUGCAUAUAUGUUCGUUCUUUUGAUUUUUGGGGGCGGACUGCUCGUGAUCAAGUUCCAGUCCCAAGACUUCUGACCGACACACAUAUAUGCUCUCCUGCUUUUGCAAGUCUUGGGCUGUUGGCCAUCCAUCUUGUAGUAUCCUUUCCGGUCUUAAAGAUGAGUGGAGUGCCCUGUUUGGUAGUUUUUUUCCCAUGUAUUGAUGUAUGCUUUGGUUAUAGUACAGUAAACAUAUUCAAGCAUCCUAAUUGUAAAAAAAGUAUGUCGGGUCUUCACUCGACCAUUUGUAAAUAGAAUUAUUCAAAACUCCAAACACAUUCAACUGAUGUUCGUGCAAGGAAACUUCACCAGUGCACCACCCUCUUCUGGUUAAGUGUCACAUUUUCAAACAAUGAAACAAGUAUAAAACACGAAAUGUUUUAU